CUGCUGAAAAAGCAAAUGUUGUGAAUAUUUUGGGACGGAGGGAGUAUAUAACACAGCCUAGGAGUAUAUACUUUAGUCUUGUACUCCUCUUCAAGUUGUUCUCAAUAAUUCUCUUCCUCAAGAAACCCAAAAUCCUAACAGAAAUUGCCGACAUGAAUUGGGUUCGCGGCGAGACGGUGGGGCACGGGAGUUUCGGGAAAGUGAGCCUGGCGGUCGCCGGUUCAGGGCCGCCGUCGGUGGUGGUCAAGUCUUGCGGCGCCUCCUCCGUUGGCUCGCUGUUGAACGAGAAAGUCGUUCUUGACGAGCUCCAAGGUUGUCCGGAGGUCGUGCGCUGUCUCGGGGACGGAUACACUUUCGAGAACGGCGAGAGGAUGUAUAAUGUGCUGUUGGAAUUCGCCUCUCUCGGCGCUCUGUCGGAGAACCUCAAGAUUUCCGAGAACCGGCGGUUUCAGGAGGGGGAGAUCAGGGGAUAUUCCCGGGCUCUGCUUCGCGGGCUGAAAUUCAUUCACCGGGCUGGGUUCGUCCACUGCGACAUUAAGCUUCAGAACGUUCUGUUGUGCGGCGACGGGCGGGUCAAGAUUGCGGAUUUCGGGUUGGCCAAAAGGGCGGGGGAGAGGAGUUUGGGAUGCGAAUUGAGGGGUACCCCGAUGUAUAUGUCGCCGGAGAUGGUGAACGGCGGAGAACAGGGCGCUCCCGCCGAUGUUUGGGCGCUUGGUUGCGCGGUAGUUGAGAUGGCGAGUGGGGCGCCGGCGUGGAAGUACUCCGACGUGGCGGGGCUAUUUAUGAGAAUUGGGGUGGGAGACGAGGUGCCCGGAUUUCCCGGCGAGUUAUCGGAUCAGGGCAGAGAUUUUCUUGAAAAGUGUUUCAUCAAGGAUCCCAGAAAGAGAUGGACGGCGGAGAUGCUCCUGAACCAUCCCUUCGGCGCCGACGACCACCGCGACGGCGGCGGCACUGUUGCAUUGAGUAAGGAGUACUCGCCAUCAGCUCCCUCGCCGUCUCCGAGAUGCCCAUUCGAUUUCCCAGAAUGGGUCUCAGGAGAAGAAUCUCCUCUGGCGGCGCCGUCACCGGCGUCUUUUUCCUCGCCGGGAUCUGAACAGUCGCCGGCGAGCAGGCUGCAGGGAAUGUUCGGCCAUAAAUUCUUCCCCAAUUGGACUCCAGAUUCCGACGGGUGGGUCAACGUCAGAUGAUGAUGAUUGCAAAAUUUGGAAGGUUUCCAAUCAGCGGCUCAAAUUCGUUCAUUCUUCACCACAUUUUUCCCAACUUGAGAUUAUUUCUUUUAAACAAUUACUCCGUAUCAAUUUACUACUCUUUAGUCGAUAUGUUAAUUAAAUGUAAAAAAAUUGGAGAGUAGAUGCAGAAGAUAUGGCCAUGGCAGUUAUUAUUAAUUAAUGAACUAAAUUGAAGAAAGUAGUGAUUUAUUA